GAACAUAAUAUGCGACAGGCUAAAUUUCAUUUCAAAUUCAAAUAUACUAGUCAAGUAAGGAGCACAAACAUCGUCUCAUCCAAACUCCAAACGCAUACAUAUAGCACAAUGAUUAUCACCAUAAACCCUAAACCCUCAAUUGGAAAAAAAAAAAACUUUAAACAAAUGGCUUCCCUAUCAAAGUAGUUUGAUUUCAAAAUCCAAUUGGGGCAACGAGAGGCGCAUUCUAUGAACUUCGUUCUGGGAACGAGAAGGAUUCCUGAGAAGGCGAAGAGGGUGGUUGUUCUGGUUCAGAAUCAGAUUGGAGAAGCGCGUUUUGGUGCUGAGCUUUUUCGAGAUGUCUUGAAGCUUUCUGUGUUCCUCAAACCACGCCCUCCUCCGCAUUUGACCAUUCAGGGGAUGGUGUUGAUGAAACAUGUGAUGAGUUCCCAACAGUUAUCCUUGUUGAGCUAUGCAAACACUUGCAUGCUUAUGGCUUCUUCAUCUGUUUACAGAAGGCAACAGUUCUUGAUAAGGUCUCUGGGAGGUGGCAUUGACCAUUCUAGAAAUAUGCAGCAAGACUUAAGAUCUGUUGAGGUUGAUGCUGAGAGUGUUAUUAGAUCAAUUACUCCUGCCCUUGAUCCUACUAGACAUAAAGGCCAGGCAGGAAAAAUAGCUGUUAUUGGAGGGUGCCGUGAAUACACAGGUGCUCCAUAUUUUGCUGCUAUUUCGGCUUUAAAAAUUGGUGCGGAUCUGUCCCAUGUUUUUUGUACAAAAGAUGCUGCUCCUGUCAUCAAAAGCUACAGUCCAGAGUUGAUUGUGCACCCUGUAUUGGAAGAAUCAUACAGUGUCAGGGAGGAGGACAAGAAAACCAUAUCUCGCAAGGUUCUUGCCGAAGUUGACAAAUGGAUGGAAAGAUUUGAUUGUCUUGUCAUUGGUCCAGGCCUGGGAAGAGAUCCAUUCCUUCUAGAUUGUGUGAGUGAAAUAAUGAGACAUGCAAGACAGACAAAUGUCCCAAUUGUGAUUGAUGGGGAUGGACUUUUCCUUGUGACAAAUAAUAUUGACCUUGUUAGCGGUUAUGGCUUAGCUGUUCUAACCCCAAAUGUCAAUGAAUACAAGCGUCUUGUGGAGAAAGUAUUGAGUUCAGAAGUGAAUGAUGUAGAUGCUACUCAGCAAGUGCUCUCUCUUGCCAAAAAGAUUGGUGGCGUUACUAUUUUAAAGAAAGGAAAAUCUGAUCUGAUAAGUGAUGGUGAUACAGUCAAAUCGGUGAGCAUAUAUGGUUCUCCUAGACGAUGCGGCGGCCAAGGUGAUAUCCUUUCUGGAAGUGUCGCUGUCUUUUUGUCCUGGGCACGCCAACAUAUCAUAGCUGCUGAUCCAAAUUCAAAUCUCAGUUGUAAAAAUCCAGCUGUUCUGGGAUGCGUUGCUGGGUCUGCAAUGAUGAGGAAGGCUGCUUCACUUGCAUUCUGCCAUAAGAAAAGAUCAACAGUCACUGGUGACAUUAUUGAGUGCCUUGGGGAAAGUUUGGAAGAUAUUUGCCCUGCCACUUAAUGCUGUUUUGUGAAGACAUGUGAAAUUACUGUUAGCCUUGCCCAAAAAGUAAGGCCUUGUUUGAACUAGCCAUGAAAAGAUAUUACUCUUUCUCUUUGUUACUGUUUUUUUUUGUGUUUCCUUACAUCAAUGUAUCUAGAUAUGAAUUACCCGAUCAAUUAUGAUAUAGUUUGGCACAUAUUCAUACAAGGAUCCAUAGAAAAUGAUUUGAUCAGAGUAGAGGAAAUUUAGGUAUAUCUACCGGUGUCUAUCGCAGAAGUUGAUUGCUAAUGAAAUUCCUCUACUUAUUUAUA